AUGGGAGGCCGCCUUCUCCCCUCUGUGCAGGGUCGGGGGUUUCCACUGCAGUCUGUGGAGCCCCACCUGGCCAGCCAGCAGAGGGGCCUGGACACCCAGGGUGUCGUAGUUCCAAAGAGGCCCAGCCAGGGGGCAGACUGGCCUGAGGGGCUGCACUUCCACUGGCGGGGGCCCCGGGCGAGCAGGCUCAGAGCACAGCCUGGACGGGCAGCACCGCCCCAUGAAGGGGCCUCCGUGAACCUGGCGUCCACCUUCCCGCUGGCCUCGCUGCUGCUGGGCGCCUCUGGCCUCUCGCGCUUCUACCGCUACGCGGGGUCGCUGACCACGCGGUGCUGCGAGCCCGUGGUGCUCUGGACGGUCUUCGAGGACGCGGUCCCCAUCGGGCGCGCGCAGGUGGCCCAGUUCCGGAUCGUGGCCCAGGCCGGGCCCCCCGGCUCCCGCCCCGCGCCGCUCACGGAGGACUUCCGGCCGCAGCAGCCUCUCGGCGUACGCAGGGUUGUAGCUUCCCCCAGCGCCUCGGUCCGCGCGGCAGCCCCCACCCCGGCCCGAGGGCACGGGGCUCUCCUGGGCCUGGGGCUCAGCCUGUGGCUCUGGCAGGGGCCCGAGGAUGUAGACACGACCACCUUCCCGCAAUAA